CUAAAAGUCGAGAUCAAAGCCAGUAAUCUUGGGGACAUAAAAGGUCGCUCCAGUUCAAGCGGCGUCAAUUCAACUCGUAGACAUUGAAACUCAAACUAUUAUCUCUGGCAUUAAAAAGCAGAGGGCGGCAACACCGCGGCGCCGCGUCAGUGGCCGCGGCGGGCAGUCGAGCGGGCGCACGCGGCGAGCUAUGUCGUGCGCGGGUGAUGCGCGGCCGUCGCGCGCCUCGUGAGCGCUGUCGGCAUGUGAUGUUCCGGAGACGCGCGCUGCGGCGGCGGCUAGCAGCCGCCGGCGCCAACCACAUACCCGAUGACACUCUCAGGAGACUCUCACGCGCCCUGGAUACCCCGCCCGCUGCAGAAUGUGUGCCGGCGGACCCCAAUCUCAAACUCGUUGUGACCAGACUGUUCAGAUUCCCCGACCUGAGGGACCUCAACGAGCUGAGACGGCUUCCCGUGUGCCGGGAACAGAACUGCUGCAAUCCUCACCAUUGGAGCAGACUGUCGGAACCCGAAACCCCUCCCCCGCCAUACACGCCGUACGCGAUGGAUGACGUUAAAACUAAGGACCACGGAGAGAGCACAGCAGACGCGAGGAGGACGGACCACGAGCGGCUAACCGCGGGUUCUCUCGCCACCGACGGCGAAGAACGCGGCACAUGGGACACAGAAUGGUGUCGGCUAGCGUACUGGGAGCUAGCCCGGCGGGUCGGACGGCAGUUCGGCGUGCGUGUGCGUUGCGUCGACGUUUUUGGCGGCGCUGGCGCCGGUCGCGCGGGGCUAUGCCUUGACGCGUUAGAGGAUGCUACUAAGGCUGAUCAGGUGAAGAAGAUCCGAUCAAAGAUCGGUCUGGGCGUGACUCUCUCCCUGGAGUCCGACGGCGUGUGGCUGUACAACCGCAGUCAGCAGCCCGUGUUCUGCAGCUCGCCAGCGCUGGACGCAGCCGCAGCGCGGGCCCUGCUCGUGUGGCGGGUCCCUCCAGGGCACUGCCUGCGAGUGUUCGACCCCGCCGCGCCGCCCCCCGCGGUCUCGCUCCCCCACGUGGGCCCGGUGGACCCGCGCUCCGUCCGCAUCUCCUUCGCCAAGGGCUGGGGCCCCAAGUACUCCCGCCGUGACGUCACGGCCUGCCCCUGCUGGCUCGAAGUACUCCUCGCGCCCCCCAGCUGACCCUAGUGCUUGUAUAAACGUUUAUGAACUUAACCAAUUAUUUAUGUGAUGUUAAAAUUUAAACAGGUUUAUGUGGGAGGCCUUAUAACCAGUGAUUUUAAUGAAUUUAUUGUGUGAAUGUGUUCUCACGGGAGACGCGGGACGAUAGAAGAGCCACGUUUCAUAGCCAUUACUACAUUGUUUCACUUCAUGUCAUUACCAUAGUCACUUUGAGUCAUUACCGUGUCGCGCCAUUUUCUCGUGAAGUAACUCGCUGAAAUUGGAGAAGCCAAUUUUUUGUGGAGUGCGUCUUAUUGCCUCUAUCGGUUGUUGCGUUUUCUGUGAGCAGUGCUUUGUAUCACAUGUUUGCAUCUACGAAUAUAUCAGUGAUAAUUUGACUUUAGUAACUUGGCCAGAACAAAUAUCUUGGCCAGAACAAGUUGUAGGCAACUUGACAUUUUUAACUUGUGUGUAUGAAAUGCAUUUCAGUUAUGUACUGUCUCGAUUUUCCUGUUUUUAAGAACACGAUAACAUCGUCGUCACGACACGAGAUACUGUCGUUGAUCGCGUUGAGCUGAUAUAUUUGUAGACGCAGGUGAAUACGUGGCACUUUUGAAAGUCAUGAUAUUUAUGAGGCCUUACUGUCAACGCUGUGUGCACCAUGUAUAGUCACCUAUACAAUUGUAAGGAUUGUAUUAUGUAUAGCACUCGACUUAAGACAACGCGAGACUGUAAAUAAUAAAUUAAUACUUACAAUUAUGUACUAUAAAUAUGUAAUUAAACUAUUUAUAUUUUAAAAUAUGCCUUACCUUAGAUUGUACAAUUAUUUAAGAGUUAGUGUAUAAAGUUCUUUUUGUACAGUAAUUGACACUUAUGUAUUGCGAGAUAGUUUGUUUAAAAAUGUGAAGGCUGUGUAAGCAUUUUGCGGCCUCGAGCCGAGAGACACCGGGAACCAUGGCGAUGUCACUGAACCGCGCUGGCAUUCCUGUCAACCGACGUGACACUACUCUUAAUCUACGAAGAUCUGCCAAUUUUAUAAUAAAAUGAUUUAAAAUAGAUAGGUAAUGUCUACGGAAUAAACAUUGUGCCUUGCGUUGUAUUCAAGUACCUAUAAAUCCAAAAUUUAAGUAGGAUACUACUGUCAAUUUCACUGGCCUAUAAAGUUAAGUCUUUACAUAGUUAUACAAAUGUUUGAAUGGAAAAGCUCGAAUUUAAGGGUAAAAUAUAUACAUAACACGCUUUAGGACCGAGUGAGUCGAUGACAAUAAGGUUUAUCUAGUCUUUAAAGGUCUUGCUUCGUCGUCCGCCUGCCGUCUCGGCCAAGGUGCCCGUUCUGGGUACGCCACUGUUACCACCGUUACCGUUCCAUGAUGACGGUAAUGAUACCGAUUUAACGAUUGAUUAUUGUAAUUCAUUUUGAAAUGUCUUUGUGCAAGAUGAAAAUGAUUUCAAUGUUUACAGUUUAGUAUUCUAACAAUUCAUACGAUGCAUUUUGGUCGAUUCGGUAGAGAGAAGUUUUUUUACGUAGAUGUAAAUUACAAGUAUCCGGUCCAUUAACAAAAAAAAACGUAUUUUUCAA